AAAACAGUCAAAGUAGCAAAAAUGUUUUUUUUUUGUAGUGGCUCUCGCUGUGUCCUUUAUCAUCCGAGCUGUAUUAGUAUUUGCACUUCUCUGAGUCGCCGUAGGUUGUCGCUGUUGUCGCAGGAAAAAGACGCCAGUUGACAGGCUCGAAGAAGCAAAGCAAACGCAGCUGCUCGACUCCUCGCGUCAACUCUUACCUACACAACACGGAGGACGAGACGUCACUCGUGCACGUUGACAGUGCCGAACCACUUUUUAAGUCCCAAUUGCAUCUUUUUGGAGCGAAAACUUGCUUGCAGUGUCUGUGACCAGAGUGUGAAUGGACGCGGUCGUAUGAACGACAGAGGAAAGAUACAUGCCGAGUUGGUGAAGAAGCAAUCGUAGCAGCAAGAAGAGGAGAAGAAAAAUGUUCGAUUGACAAAGUGCCUGGUGUCAUUACAUUGCUUUGGACUGUCAGUGUCGGAGUGGCACCGGAGGGACCAGGGAGGACUGUGGCGGUCUUAAGGACGUACUCGGCUUCCACUACUUCUUGGAUUGCCGCCGGAGGAUUUGAAAAAACGGCGGCAGCGGUGGCGCGAUGCUGGCCUGGCACCCUCUGCUUCUGAUCACACUGCUGAGCACACAAUCGGAAGGCAACUUGUUGGACAACAUGCUGCUGCGGAAUGGCUGGAAGCAGGAGUCAGAGCGGCGGGCCGAGGGGAGCGGCAACAGCAGCGGGGCGACCCAAAACGUUUUGUGGUGUCACUGCACCCAGCAGUGCCCUGAGGACUCCGCUAACAACAGUUGCAUGACGGACGGCUCGUGUUUCACCAUGGUGGAGGAAGAAGAGGAGGGUGGUCUGGCCGUGCUCACGUCAGGCUGUUUGGGACUGGCUGGCUCAGAGUUCCAGUGCAAAGACACGUGGCCCACUCGCUUCAGGAGAAUUCUGGAGUGCUGUGCUGAUCAGGAUUACUGCAACCGCGACCUCCACCCGACUCUCCCCCCCUUGCGGACCUCAGAAUAUGUGCACAGUGGUGCCCAUUACUUGGCUCUCCUCAUCUCCAUCACAGUCUGCAGCGUAUUUAUCGUCAUUGUCUUCAUCAUCUGCUGCGUCAGAUACAAGCGACAGGAGUCCGAGCCACGCUACAGCAUCAACUUGGAACAAGACGACUCUUACAUCCCUCCAGGGGAGUCACUCAAGGACCACAUUGAAUAUUCCCACAGCGUUGGCUCUGGUUCGGGCUCAGGGCUCCCCCUACUGGUUCAGCGCACCAUCGCCAAGCAGAUUCAGAUGGUGAAGCAAAUCGGGAAGGGGCGCUACGGGGAAGUGUGGAUGGGCCAGUGGAGAGGCGAGCGAGUGGCCGCCAAAGUGUUUUUCACCACAGAGGAAGAGAGCUGGUUCAGGGAGACUGAAAUCUACCAGACGUUCCUCAUGCGGCACGACAACAUUCUGGGCUUUAUAGCGGCUGACAUUAAGGGCACGGGCUCGUGGACGCAGCUGUACCUGAUCACCGACUACCACGAGAACGGCUCGCUGUACGACUACCUCAAAUGCAACACGCUGGAUGCCACGGCUCUGCUCAAGCUGGCCUACUCGUCCAUCUCAGGCCUUUGCCACCUGCACACCGAGAUCUACGGCACGCAGGGCAAGCCGGCCAUCGCCCACCGAGACCUCAAGAGCAAGAACGUCCUUGUCAAGAGGAACGGGUCAUGCUGCAUCGCUGACCUGGGCCUGGCUGUUAAGUUCAACAGCAACACCAACGAGUUGGACGUGCCACCCAAUCUGCUGGUGGGCACCAAACGUUACAUGCCCCCCGAGGUCCUGGAUGAGACCUUGAACAGGACCCAUUUCCAGUCCUUUAUCAUGGCCGACAUGUACAGCUUUGGCCUCAUCAUGUGGGAGAUGGCGCGACGCUGCGUUUCCGGAGGCAUCGUGGAGGAUUACCAGCUUCCCUAUUACGAACUGGUGACCUCUGACCCCUCCUAUGACGACAUGAGGAAUGUGGUCUGCAUCAAACAACAAAGACCAGCCUUGGCCAACCGCUGGGCCACUGAUGAGUGUUUACAUCAGAUGGCAAAAGUGAUGUCGGAAUGCUGGUCGCACAAGCCGGCGUCUCGCCUCACUGCUUUGCGGGUAAAGAAGACACUCGGCAGGAUGUUGGAGUCUCAAGAUAUCAAGCCGUGACGUGCACACAGAAGAAAGAACUACUAAGACCCAUUUGACAAGGAUGAGAGUCCACCUUACCUUUGUGUUGGUCUCACCGUGCUUUCUGUGAAAGCUUAGUGGCUCUCAAGGGGGGGGCUGAGCCACAGAGCAGUAUUUGUACAUGCAGUCUUUUGUACUGUUCAUUUGGUGUAGCCCAGUGCUUCUCAAUUAUUUUCUGUUACGCCCCCCCCUAGCAAGAAGAAAACUAUUCGCGCCCCCCCUCCCCACCGUGACUAUCCUAACUUGUCUUGUAAGUCGUAAGACCCAAGGGGGGCGCGCCCCACUAUUUGAGAAGCACUGGCCUAGGUGACUGAUUCACAAUUUGGUUUUGUCUGAUAUCAGAGAUUAAAUAAAGAAAACCAACUGGC